AUGGCUCCCGAGACUUGGCUAGUCAAGGUGAAGAAGACGAUCGCCCAGAGUCUCGACUCGGUGCGCGCCGGCCCUCCGAUCUCGAAGAAGCUGCUGAAAAAGAGAUCGAACGUCGGCGUUUUGGCCUUCGAGGUCGCCGGCCUCAUGUCCAAGCUCCUCCACCUAUGGCAGUCUCUCUCGGACCAGAGCAUCACCCGCCUCCGGGCAGAGUCCGUACGCCUUGAAGGUGUUCGAAAAAUUGUCUCAAACGACGACGCGUUCCUGUUGGGCCUGACCCGGGCCGAGCUCGUUGAGAAUCUCAAAUCCAUCGCCAAAUCCAUCUCCCGCAUCAGCCAGAGAUGCGAGGAUCCGUCCCUACGGAGCUUCGAUCGCCUGCUCCGCGAAUUUUCUGACUCGGGCCACGACCCGUACAACUGGGUUCUCAACCCGAAGGAGAUGGAGUCCAAGAUCAAGAAAAUGGAUCAGUACGUCACCACCACCGCCAAUCUCCACCGGGAAAUGGAUGAGCUCACGGCCCUCGAAACUUCCCUGAAGAAAUCACUUGCACAGAGCAACAUCAAGGAUUACUACAUAAACGACGCAUCCGCCAAACAACAGAGGCUAAUCGAAUUGCAGCACAAGAUCCUCUGGCAGAGGCAGGAGAUUAAGUACCUAAAGGAGAAAUCUUUAUGGUCCAAAAGCUUCGACACGGCCACAUCCCUGCUAGCCCGGCCCGUAUUCACCAUCCUCGCAAGAAUCAAGCUCGUUUUCGGAGUCGGGCCCGGUUCUCAACUGUCCCUCCCCCGAAGCCUCUCGUCCUCAUCGGCCUUAGUGUACCCAUCGUCCGAGAAGCUGAUUUCAUUCCUCUCGGGCCCUCUUGUAAAAGUCCCACAUGGGUUUUUCGAGCUGAAUUCGGAUAUCUUAAAGCCUCCCCCAACUACGUUGGGAGCAGCUGCAUUGGCCUUACACUAUUCGAAUUUGAUAAUUGUGAUGGAGAAAAUGAUCCGAUCGCCUCAACUGGUUGGGGUCGAUGCUAGGGACGAUUUAUAUGCGAUGCUGCCUAAUAGUAUUCGUUUUGCGUUGAGGGCCCGUUUGAAGGGUGUCGGGCUCUCUGCCUGUGAUCCGGGCCUGGCGGCCGAGUGGCGGGAUGCCCUGCACAAUAUACUUGGGUGGAUUUCGCCUUUGGCGCAUAACAUGAUCAAGUGGCAGAGUGAGAGGAGCUUCGAGCAGCAUAAUUUGGUGACAAGGGUUAACAACAGUGUUCUUUUGUUCCAGACUCUGUAUUUUGCCAAUCAGGAGAAAACCGAGGCCGCCAUAACUGAGCUUCUGGUCGGGCUUAACUAUAUAUGGAGGUUCGAGAGGGAGAUGAAUGCAAGGGCUAUGUUUCAAUGCAUCAAUUUUAAUGGAUGCCUGAACUCACAGUGUUCUAGCUAG